CUUUCUCUCUCUAUAUAACUCUUUGUCUCUCUCUCUCUCUCUCUCUCUCUUUCUCUCUGCCCUCGCUCUUAGGUUAUCGCGAAUUCUAUCCCCCCCUCUCUCGAUUUUUUAUUAACCCUGUUUUUAUUAAUUAACUUCAAUUAAUUGCGCAGUUUCAAGGUCUUCUUCUUCCGCUGGAACAGCCGCAGAUGAUUUAUUUACUGGUCACUUAUGGAUGAAAGAUGUUCAUUAGAAGUCAACAAGGUGGCAUUUUGCUAUAAAUUGGUAGUGUUUUUUUGAAGAAUUACUCCCCUGUGUCCAUGGCUGCUGAUCAGAGGAGAAAACGAGUAAAUGGUGCAAACAUUGCUGGUUAUGGUUCUAGAGAGCAACACAGGAUCAAAAGAAAGAAUUUGGGAUUAGUUCAAAAUGAUUUGAACAUGAGGCCUCACAUCUCUGUUGAGUGGGAUGGUAAUCACAAAAAGGUUGUUGCUAAGUGGGAACAGAUUGGCAUCAGUUGGAGACAAAUGAAACCAUUUAUCAAUUUGGUUUCUAAUGAUCACAAAAUCUUGGCAGAUGUGUUCGCAGUGCCUCAAGAAAUUUUUGAAUUGGAUAAUUUAAGUGAAGUUCUUUCGUAUGAGGUUUGGAAGACCCAUCUUUCAGAAAAUGAGAGAAACCUUCUUAUGAAUUUUCUCCCUAGUGGCUUUGAGUCACAUCAAGUUGUGGAAGAACUACUUGGUGGGAUUAACUUUAACUUUGGAAAUCCUUUCUCGAAAUGGGGUGCUUCGCUAUGUUUAGGCAGUCUUCAUCCAGAUAUGAUUGUUGACCAGGAACAGCAUCUUAAGACAGAGAGGAGAGAAUACUACUCACACAUUCAUAAUUAUCACAAUGAUAUGAUAGGAUUUCUAUCAAAGUUGAAGAAGAGCUGGCAAAGCUGUAAAGAUCCAGAAAAGGAGAUUGUGCAAAAGAUAUGGAGGACAAAGCAUGUAGAGAAAAGAAUGCUCUCCAAAGUGAUUGAAUCUAGAGGCUAUGAUCAUAAUGGGAAUGUUACAGGGACAUCUGAGUCAUGCUCCUGGGAUGCAGAGGAGAAAGCAUGUAGUAGCGACAACCAAAUUUCCUCACUGAGAAAAGACGAUAAACUUCAAAGAAGGGUGCUUGAAAAAUGCAUUGUUAAAGGUAAAUCCAGAAAUUUGAUGGAUUCUUUGGACAAUAUGCCUAACGUGGGAGAAAAGCCCAAGACAGGAGACAAACUGCCCAAGCAUAGCAUUCAUUCUAGCGAUAGUGAUAAAUACAUGUCAUGUAUCAAGAUUAGCAAGCAGCAGCAUGAACUUGUUAAGAAUAUGAAGCAGGCUGGUAAAAGCAUCCAAUCUAGGUCCCUUAACCGUGUUUUGGGUAACCUUGAAAAAAUUCAUGUGCAACCAUACAAUACAUUUGUCAAAGAAGAACAGAAGAAGUUGCAGGAGCAUUGGUUGCUAUUAGUAAACAAAGACCUCCCUGCGGCAUAUCUAAAUUGGACAGAGAGACGGAUACAGAGACAUGCUGUGAGAAAUUCAUUGGUUGCAGAGAUGAAGGAUAAAUCAAAUCCAUUCAUGGAGGAAGAGGAUGGUGUGGACACAGGGAGUGAACUUAAGGAUCAGGAUGGUGUGAACUCAGGGAGUGAACUACAGGAUCACGAUGAGGUGAACUCAGGGAGUGAACUUCAGGAUCAGGAUGAGGACAACCUUGGCUCAGGGGACAAGCUAAAGGAUAAGAAUGAGGAUAACAUGAGUUCAGAAUGUGAGCCUCAGGAGCAGAAUGAGGAUAAUGUGACCUCAGGGAGCGAACUUCAGGAUCAGGGUGAGGAUAAUGUCAACUCGGGUGAUGAGCUUCAGGAUCAGGUGAAUGAUGGAGGUCUGAAUGAUCAGUCUGACUUGAAAGAAGAUGAGGAUUCUUUUUCUAGGUCCCCCGAGAACCAGUCCCAGCACAAUUCUUAUGUUAGUGGUGAUGAUGAGUUCAACCGAAUGAGUGUAGAUUCAGAAAGGAAUAUUCUUUUAUCAAAAUCAAAUAAUACUUCAUCGAUUAGUGGUGAUCAUGAGUUCAACCGAAUGAAUGUGGAUUCAGAAAAGAAUCUUCUUUUAUCAAAAUCAAAUAAUACUUCAUUGAAUGAAGAUGAGUAUUCAAGGAAUAUGAACACUCGGGAUGUUUCUAUUGAUGAAGAAGCACCUUUCACUUCCAGUGGUGAUGUCUGGCAAGGAGUUGAAAUGCCACAUUCAUACUAUGAUUCUGCUGUGACCCACGAGUAUGCAGCCAGUGGGUUAUCACUGGCUAAUCCUCAAGUCAGUCAAGAGCAGCCAACUCGUAUGAUUGAUCUUGAAGCUGAUUUGCGUCGAGAAGAGACAGGCAAAGAGUUGUUAAGUAGGCAAUUAGAUAAUGGGACCUUCAGUUCAUACCAAAGCCAGGAUCGAAGUGUCUUACUUGAAUCACUCUUCAAAGGAGAGGGGUUGUUACCUUAUCAUCAUGAUCAGAAAGUAGCUGAGUUAGAUUUCCAAACUUCAAACAAUGUUAUGAUGGGGGGUGGCCAAUUUUCCAGUCAUUUAAAGGAGCCAUUGCAAACUUCGCUGACACUGGAUCAGGGGCGAAGGAGAGCUACUGAGGUUUACAUGCCAGAAAACAUGUCAGAGAAUAUUUAUUCGGAUGGAGGAAGGUAUUUGAUCCCCAGGCAAGAUCCUUUGACUGCGGUAAAUAUGACUGAUUGGGCUGCUAAUAAUGCUCGCAUAGCAGGGCCUUCCCAAUCUCACUUGAACACUGGAGAUUUUAUUGAUCAUCAUUGGUUCCCUGCUGAUCAUCAAGUUCGUGGUGGUGGCUGGAAUGGAUCUGAUGGUGGUGGUCUUUCAAGUCAAAGUCUUGGCACUGGAGCAAGCGCUGAUCAGAGUUUAUUUAGUAUUCUGUCAGAGUGUGACCAAUUGCAUUCAGGUAGCCCUUAUGAUUCAGUUAGAAAUACUAACCAGUUUCUUGCACCGAGAACUUAUGGAUUAGCAGAUGCAGGUACACCAAGGGUAAACACGGUUGCACCACCGGCUUCUCAUCCAUUAGAUUACUUCACCAGACGUGAAGCACCUAGUGGCCUGGUGCCUGAUGAUACGGUAUGGAUGAGCUUGCCGCCACAUCAGAAUUCUUCAUUACAUGAUCAAAUCGGAAAGCCAUACUUAAGGUCAUGGAACCGGUAAUGAACGUUUUACCCAAUAUUAGCGAGGUAAUCUUGACUGCAAAGACCGUGAGAAGAAAUGCAAAUUUGUCCAUGUGAUAGAAUUUUGACUUAAACAAGAUCCACAGAAGCUGGGGUAUACAUACCCUGAGACGAGAGAGAUAGGUUUCUGUACAUACCUAUACCGAGGCCAACUCAACACCAUGUACAUAUCUAGAUAUUAGAUGGCAGGAAAGAAACCAAGUGAUUAAGAUAAACUUCAAGAAUUUCAGGUUAUUAGGUAAAUUACAUAUUUAUUAUUUUUUUUCCUUUGCUUCUAGAGAGACAUUCUUUAAUAAUUUUGGAAGAUAAGAAAUGCUGGGGGCUGGUGCCACUUUUUGAAUUUUGAGUUACCUUUAUUCUGGGUUCUUUUUCAUAGUUUUGGUCAAUAUAUCAAAUGCUAAAAAAAUGUUUUUUCUC